AUGUUCACCCAACUCUCCACCUUCACCAGCGGCGCUGACGCCGUCCUUAGUGUAACACUGACAGCCACGGCACAAUCCUUCCCCUAUCGUCAACAAUGGCGCCUUUGUCGUGUCACGACCUGCCUUGCCAUAAACCAGUCUCCAGACCAACCACUCUACCUCGGUAGAAUUAAAAACAGUGCAACUAAAGAGAGCGACUUCUUGAUCCGCGGCGUUAAAUGGCGUCGAAGAGGUGGAAAGCUUCCAGCCGCCAGGAGUUUAACCAAGGAAGGAUCCAGCGGAGUUCCUGACGAAGACCUCAUUAGGCAAAACUCGUCAUUGAAGUCUACCUGUUCAACAAAUGACAUGGAAACAGCUUCCCUCUAUUCGGAGGAGAGUAGCGGCUUUCGCCAAGGUUCGGAAUCGGACACGGUGAUUCUCUGUUCCAACGGAAAUUCGCAUUCCUCUUCGGUCGCGACGCAAAUGCCAUAUCCCUCGGAGUUCAUUCUACCUAGUAGAGAGGAGGCGGCAUCGCGUAUUCACAUAGUUGAUGUCUACAUACAGGGUUCAUCACCCAGCGGUGGAAAUCAGGAUAGAUGUCUUUUAAGAUCGCGUUUGCUUUCCCUUGCCACCAGCAUAGCGUGCCGAGACUUUUCUGAAGAUGAAGACAUAAUGCAGGGGCAGAACAUGUAUUGUCGACAUGCAGAGAGGCUUGGGGGUUAUUGGCAUGGUCCGAAGGCCCUCCACCCGGCGGAGGUUGUACUGUACUUUCACUUUGCAGUAUUGCCUUUGGACCGUGCCAAUGGCAUCCCACCUCUUCCUUAUGCUGUCCAAGUAUCUCCGGAAGGUGAUAUUAAAAUCAACCAUCUCGCCUGUCUUGCCCACAUUCAAAAGGUGAUUGGCGAAACCAUUCAAGGUGCCCGAAUUCUCGUUUUCAAUUGUCAGGACCCUGACCCUAAUGUGACUGAAAUGUUUGAUCAGACCGUCGACUGCUGCUUUGACCUCAAUUCGAUACCCGACCUCCAGUCGUUCAUUCGCUUUUGCGAGAUGUGCUACGAUUGGCUGGCGAGUAGCAACUCAAACACCGUACUUUUUCAUGCGGAGAGUCCCACCGCAACUAAACGUUUGCUCUUGCUCCUCUUCGCCUACGCCUGUUUCUGUGAUUCCGUUGAAAGGCAAAACAUUCGAACCAGCAAACGCCUGAAAGCCUACCUCUCCGCCUAUCCCAAUGGGAGAACCAGCGUUCCAGUUGUAUAUUUACGAUAUUCAACCUACAUGAAGAUUUUCACCCCCUUCCGUCGUCAGAGUAUUUCCAGGGCAACCAUGUCCGUCUAUUCCGUUGUUGUACACAACUGUCCUCUAUUCACCGAUCAUUCCGCCAGUAUUUUCUUUAAAUUCUACUCCUACUCUCCUCUGCGACAUGUCUACACAACAGAUGUACAUAAAUUAACCGGACGAAUAAGUGAGAGGGCAGUUUUGCUGUUUACCGAGGAGCCGAUAUCGCUGAGAGGCAACGUGAUAGUCUUGUGCUAUCGGCUCAAACCGGAGAAACUCGAAAGGAGACGUGUUUUCAAACUCACAUUCCAUUCCUGCGAGGGUCACAAGCAAAUGUUGACCUUCAAAUACGAUGCAUUUGACGAAAUUUCGGAAGCCGUACCAGCCACGUUUAAAAUGGAACUCCAUCUAACGCCAGUGAUGGAUGACAAGUCGGUUCCCCCAGAAAGUACCAUCGGAAAUAACUUUUUUCUGGAAAAUACCAAGAAAAUCCGCCAUCGGAACAGUCAACACCUUCCGUUGGGUGACAGUAUCGAUCCGCUGAAUAUCAUCGAAUCACGAGAUAUCCCAUUGGAGGCAGUUCGACUUUCCGACUCGUUAGAAGAUAUCGACCAUGUACCUAACCGGUCGAGUCUGCUGGCAAACACCCAGGUAUUGGAAGAAGUCAGUCGUGAGCUAGUGCGGAACCGCAAUCAAACAUUCAACGACUUCUUUAUGAACGCCUGCGGUCGGCAGGACGACAAACAGUGGGGUUUUCCCGUGCACUUUAAACGAUACGCUUCAAAACAGCCUCCAUCACCGGACCUGCGAGGCCUGAAGGUCUCAAAAACCUCUGUAGAGGAUUGGCCAUCCAACUACGAAAUGUCAGAUAGAGGCAGCAUCGAUUCUGGAGCUGGUCUGCAUUCGGAUGCUUCAGGUGGUGUUAUUGACUUGAAAAAACAUAAGUCCCCAAAGCACAACAAAUCCAGCAAUGACGAACAACUGAUGCCUCCACCAGUAAGCAGUGUGGUCCCCCAUGCACGAACUGAAAAGACGACUCCAAAAUCGGUGGCCUUUUUGAAUUCCACCCCAAAGAGGGUGCCACCUCCACGGCCUCCACCACUAAAAGUGGCGGAGAAAAUGGACACCAACGAAGUGGAGAAGGAGCGGCAAGGUAAAACCCCCGCCGGUGUUCGUAGCGUUCCUACGCGAUACUUUGGCCCACUGGAAAAGUAUCAGCGGGUGGCUGAAAAGGAUUUCGCCGGUGGUGAGUGA